AGGCGGCUAGCGAGAAGUUGAUGGUCGAGUCAAAGGGGUUGUGAUUCCCUUGAUUUUUUUCCCCCGUUAAUGAGUGGUGUCUCGGUGUGUGGAAGCGUGCACGUUUUAUCGGAACCUCUCCCCAAAGCCGAGUUUUAGGCUUCACGAAAGAUUGCCUAGAUGUACGCAGACGCUUUCUGAUGGAAAGCCUGGAAAUCAAGCCUAGUGUUCGUUAGUCACAAUGAGAACUGAUCAUAUAUGGUUGGACUGGAAGCGCUUUUCGAGAUGCAGUCUCAUCACUAAGCCUGUAGCUAAUCGCGAGCUGCAUAAGCUCUGUACGACGUGUUAGCUUGGUGUGCUGGCCAUGUCCUCCGUACGGAGUAUGUCACACGGGUACACUAUUUUUCGUGUGCGAAGGGCAUUCGAUUCGACAACGCGAUGUGCAACGGGGUCGUGGCUGGGCGACACCAGCAGCGUGCGCGCGCAGGGUCCAGGGACCUGCGGCGAAAAGGUUAGCCGUGUUUCUCCUCCUAACCAUGUCAUCUGCCUGGUCAGGGCUUAAUUGCCGUGCAGAAUGCCAGACAAGAAAGGCAUCCCGCAAACCCCGUCCGGUCUCCGCUGGUCAUGUUGGGCGCAUACAAGCAAUGACAGCGUUACAUCUGAGCGCUUCUGGUAAAAUGUCACACUAGCAGCGCGUAUCGGGGCAGCUGACACUUGACACUGACACCGACAUGGACAACCGAGCAUGUCGGCACCCUUCGCUUCUCGCUAGUUCUCUAGGGAAACAUGAGGAGCUUCAAUGAAAUGAGGGCCUUUUUUUUUUUUUUGUUUUGGUCCUUCCACUGCUACUUGCGCUUUAAAAUUGCACAGGUUACAUCUGGGGAUGCUCUCUGGGUCUUCCGCGGGUCAACUCCACGAUAGCAGAGGGGAUUACCGCUGCAGUCUGGUAACAGUCCGGGAGCUGCAGUGGAUCUCUCAGUAAAUGGCGUGGCAAGGUUGCACAUUAAAGAAAGUUACCCAUCGGAGACUG